AGUUGCGCGCCGACUUCCACGGUGUGUGGACGUGAAUGAUCUUUGUGUAUUUUUCGAGAAUAAAACGGCAUGACGUGACGUGAAAACACAAGUUCAAUGUUUGGAUAGAAAUUAAGAACAAAAAAAACCCUAAUUUUUUUUAUUAUAAUUGUGACGGUUUAUGCGGAUUGAGAAUCUUUCUAAUCUUUUUGUGCAACUAUGUGUGUUUGUGAAAAUUACUUAAACGAUUCUCUGAAAUCAAAGAAAAUGUGAUCAGUACGUGAUAUAAAGACUAGUGUAGUUUUGUAAAAAAUGUAAUAAGUAAUAUUAAAAAGCAUCUGAACAAUAUGCGCUGUGAAAAACACGAAAUAAGGAAAUAAUUAAAAAUGCUGUAAAAUAAAAUGAAUGUUGUGAUAAGUGUCAAGUGCUGGAAAUUCGACACAGAAUGAUCAUAAUGUCACUGUUUUGGUCUGCGGCGACCUGUUUGCUGUUUCAAUUCGUCGGUACAGUGAAUAGUCUCAAAUCUCUGCAGAUCCACGUUCCAAAGGCGGUUCUAACGGGUACCGACGCGGAACUAAUGUGCACAUACGAAUUAGAAGGAGCGUUGCUAUACUCAAUAAGGUGGUAUAGGAACAUGAUAGAAUUUUAUCGGUAUGUACCCAAAGAGUCGCCAGCCACCAAAGUUUUCCCAGUCGCAGAAAUUAAAGUGGACGUGGCUGCAUCCGAUCAAAACAAAGUAGUGCUGACAGAAGUCGAUAGAACAUUAACCGGAGAAUACCAGUGUGAGGUGUCAGCUGACGCUCCCCUCUUCCACACGGACAUUAAAUCUGCUGAGAUGGUAGUUGUAGAGCCUCCAUUGAUCGGUCCAAAUGUGACCACAGAUCGGAUGACGUAUGUUGGUGGUGAUCACAUCAGAGCGAAUUGCACAUCACCUCCGUCUCUGCCAGCUGCCAAUAUCACGUGGUACGUCAAUGAGCAAAUGGUACCGGGCUUUACAGCCAAUCAUAUACUGAACUUCAGCAAUGGCUACGCAUCCAGCUUAGCCGUUUUGGAGUUAGAAGCCGCUGUCCUCUCUCCCGUACCGACUUUGAUGAUACGAUGCGAGGCGUCAAUGUUUGAUAUUUGGAGAGCUACCAGUCACACUAUAGUGCUUAGAGAGCGCAGUGCCAAUCCCGCUUCUGCGCUCGGAAGGAGUUUUACAGGUGCCGCUUCGGAGACGUGCUUACCGAAAAUAAUUGUUUUGUUAUUUCAAAUCGCCUUGCAGUUUUUAGUUAGAAGCUACACUGAGACUUCUAUAAGAUAGCUGGUGUUUGGUAAAUUGAGUGUACUUUAAAUAUAUAUAGCUUAUGUGAUGAACUGUAUAUGACCAGUGAAGUGACUAGGAAAAGAGGAAAUGUUGAUGAAGAAAAUAAAACAGCCUUUGAAUUAAGAGCAUCACAUUACAAUACCUAACUCUGUUUUAGUAUUUCAAAAAACGGUACAGGCAAUAAAAAAAUAUACAACAAAAAAAAACAAGAUUGAAUUUCGCUUUGAAGUCUCCAAAGAAAUUUUGAUAACGUAUUUCAUUUCCAAAAAAACGGCAAAUGAGUCUCGGUUUUACCAUCACGCAAAAUCCAAUAACCUCUUUAAUCAAUUACUUACCGCAUACAUAAAUAUUUUACACCAGCGUUGAAAGGAAAUGCAUUCGCAGUUAUUGAAUAAGUACUUUUGAAAAAUGCAUUCAAUCUAAUUAUUCUGUAGCCUUAUGUCAUGAGCGAAACGGCCAUAAGUUCCGAUUCGAAAGGUUAUUAUACAAAUCAUAAAAUAUUCAAAGCUUUUAAGAUUAAUAAAACCAAAUUGAGAUUAAUACAAGGGUUAUUUAUUCAGUGGAUAACUCGCGAAUAUUUGAGAUUUCAACAAUAAUCUAUGUUAUUAAUGUUAAUAGCAUAUAUUAUCAUAAUAUACCUAUAUAAUAAUAUUUGGGCAAGCGUCUGCUGUUGUCUCUUUGCAAUUUAUAUAAAAUUCGCGAUUACAUUUUAAAAGCAUUUAGACAAGAUCGUCUCAGGGUUUGAAGUAAUUUAUUGUAAAUAAUUGUAUUUACAUUAUAACUCGUAAUAUAUUAUAGUUCUUGUUCACCAUAGUAAAUAAAAUAAAUAAAUAAAUAAACGAAAUAUUAAUGUAAUUUUAGAUUUAAUUGUACAUUAUUAAUAAUAUUAUUUAAAUGAUGUUAUUGAUAGACUGAUUUAUUAUAUAGUCGUAAUUUUGUUUGUAAAUAAUGAAAGUAUGUAAAUAAUUCGAUUGUGAUUAAUUGCUCAUGAUACAAAUUAAAAAUCCUAAGAAUGUUUUGACUAUUCUAAUUAUGGCUAUUUCAAUAUGUAUCGAAAUUGACCGCGUCAGUAAAAUCAAGGUUUUAUUUCAAUCUAUUCUUUAGACUCUAUUAUCUUAGAAAGGUUACCGUCUUUCGAAUUUAAGACAACUGACUCCUCUAUAUUUAAUCUUUAGUCUGGUGGUAUCACUGGUGGUAGGACCUCUUGUGAGUCCGCACGGGUAGGUACCACCACCCCGCCAAUUUCUGCCGUGAAGCAGUAAUGCGUUUCGGUUUGAAGGGUGGGGCAGCCGUUGUAACUGUACUGAGACCUUAGAACUUAUAUCAAGGUGGGUGGCGCAUUUACGUUGUAGAUAUCUAUGGGCUCCAGUAACCACUUAACACCAGGUGGGCUGUGAGCUCGUCCACCCAUUUAAGCAAUAAAUAAAAAACCACCAGUAAAAAAUAACAUAGAACCGCGUAUUCAUAUACCCGCUAAGUUCAAAAAUAAAUCGAGACGUUUGUUACAAUUUUGGCUAAUUAUUACCUAAGUCCUUCACGAAUUGCUACAAUUUGUUGUUUUGCAAUCAGAAUUUAUGCAAAACAUAAUAAUAACACUGAAAUUCGUUGUGUAAGAAGAAUUGAUGGUGCAUUAAUUGAUUAGUGUUAAAUUUAAUUGUAAUUUUUAGGAAUGUUACGAGUUUUCAAUUCUAUUUCGUUGAUAAGAUUUAAACUAUAAGGCCUAUCUAUAUAUUCGUUGUGAUUAACUUAAAUGUAUUGUUCAAAAUCUGGAAAUCUGUUUCAAAAUUUAUUUAUUAAUUAUUUAUUAUAUGAAGUCGUCGUGGCCUAAAGGAUAAGACGUCCAGUGCAUUUGUAUAUAGCGAUGCAACGGUGUUCGAAUCCCGCAGGCGGGUACCAAUUUUUCUAAUGGAAUACGUACUUAACAACUGUUCACGAUUGACUUCCACGGUGAAGGAAUAACAUCGUGUAAUAAAAAUCAAACCCGCAAAAUUAUAAUUUGCGUAAUUACUGGUGGUAGGACCUCUUGUGAGUCCGCACGGGUAGGUACCACCGCCCCGCCUAUUUCUGCCGUGAAGCAGUAAUGCGUUUCGGUUUGAAGGGUGGGGCAGCCGUUGUAACUUUACUGAGACCUUAGAACUUAUACCUCAAGGUGUGUGGCGCAUUUACGUUGUAGAUGUCUAUGGGUUCCAGUAACCACUUAACACCAGGUGGGCUGUGAGCUCGUCCACACAUCUAGGCAAUAAAAAAAAUAUAUAUUAUAUGAGUUAUUUUUGUUUUUUGUAUUUGGUGUCUCAUUUCUUUUGUUUUACGUGUUUCGUUGAGUUAAUUUAUCAAAAUCUAUGUUAGUUAGGUUCCUAAAAUUUACAGAUAUUUAUCAAAAUUAUAGAAAAAAUUUAUUAUUUAUAAAAAAAACAAUAAUGAAUUUAUAAUUCACGCUUCUUGUCGAUAAUGUUAUUAAUUGUUGAUAAUUUUAUUACAUUGUAAAAGUUAAGUUUGAUGUACCCUAAAUAUUGUGCAAAUUAUUAUAUUUGUUUGUAAUAUAUAUUUUCAAAAGAUUAUUAAUGUAAAAAGAUAGAACAAUAAAAUAAUUAUACCGAAAUUAAA